UUGUUUGAGUAUUGUCGAUGUUUAUUUGAUUGCUUGCCAAAAUUUAAUAUUCCAGAAACAAUGAAUAACGAACAACUGCAAGAUUGGCUUACAGCUUUAAAUGAACGUUGGAGAAGUAGUGUUGAAAAACAAGCACUUAAAGAUGUUGGACAUGAACAAAUGCUCUUGAAACUUGAGGCUUGUAAUACGCAUUAUUUGAUAAAUUAUCUCAAGUGUAACUAUGCUGAUGUUGACUUGAUACAACCAGUUUUAGGACAACUACUUGCGUGUUAUUGUCGUGGAGGUGUAUUGCGAUAUUUUACUAUGCAGUGCAUUCCAUCUUUAAUUCAUUUAUAUCUAUUGGCUCUUGCUAAACGUCAAAAAAAAUCAAUCUCGAUGUUUGAAAUUCUAUUCCUUGCUAUUUAUAAUGAAGAAAUACUUGUGGCUGGCACAUCUUCUGGAUCAGGAAUGAAGAAAGUCGACAAAAUUCGAAUUCCGUCUACGCGUUUUCCAAGUGUGUAUCACGAUCCAAGAAAGCUCAAUAUUCUGUCCGACGUUUCAUUCAAAUCUGGGUCAACUUCUUUUGUUGAAAUGACUGUGCGAAUUGGACCGUACAAAUCUGCGGAUAAGAUUACACCAGAAAAUAGACAAACAAUUUUGACUCGUCUUCUGAAAUCAGUGAAUUCAUGUCUUUGUCGGUUAUCACAUGAUGUAAUUUGUAAAUAUAUAUGUUCAACUACAAUUUCUGUUUGUCAAAGUGGUUUUCAUUUCUCUGAGACAUCUUUAAAGUCACGGGUUUGUGAUGAAGAUUUGUGUUCCGAAGAAUUAGAUGAAUUCUCCAUGAAACCUAGAUUGCAAUCAUCUGCGCAAUAUUUGUUAGAAUCUCUAAAUGGUUUAUACUUCGCUUUAUUCAAUGGUGAAUCACAAUUAGCUAUUCAGGCAAUCGAUGCUGUACAUCAAAGAGCGUUAUAUGAAUUUUAUUCGGAUGUAAUUCUAGUAACGAAUAGUAUUAAGGAUACUUUGCUUGAAAGCAGCUUUCAAAGCAACGAAAGAUUAUUGAAAUGUAACAGAAGCAAUCAUGGGAAGGUGGAUGGCCGUCGAGGAAGUGAACUUAUUACAAAUUCGUCUUUGCGAUUGAAGAAAAUGCCUGAGGAUAUUUCUCCUGUUGUUGAUGAUAGCAGUAAAGAAUGCAUUUUUUCUGAUGGUAAGUUUCUUUUUAUUCAUAGUGGUUUAUUUCGUUGCCAUACCAUUAUAUAG